AUGUCUACUACUGAUGGUGAGAGUAAUCCAAGUCGCAAUGAGCUGGAACAAGAAGGAUCAUCUGGAACUCUUCCUCCUAGUCCUACUACACAAAGCUGCGAAGAAUCUAGUUUUGCCAAGAAAAGAGGAGAGUACAAGAAGAGGUCCAAAGCUUGGGAUCAUUUUCAUGUAAAGCAUGUGAAUGGAGUUCGUCAUGCAAUUUGCAAGUACUGUGACAAGGACAUAGCUGCGGAUCCCAAAAGUCAUGGUACGACUCCCCUUAAUACUCAUGUAGCUAAAUGUCCUCUAAAUCCUAAAAAUAAGCACACUGGCCAGGCUACUUUGUGUUUGGGUGAAACUGAAACCUUAGCGGGAGAGGUUAAAGGGGCACUCAUAAGUUGGAAAUUUGAUGCGGAAGCCAUUAGAAAAAGCUUAGCUUAUAUGGUAAUUGUUGAUGAGUUGCCAUUUAAACAUGUAGAGGGUAGAGGCUUUCAAUAUAUGAUGCGGACUGCUUGUCCAUCAUUUAGAAUUCCUUCGAGAUGGACUAUUUCUAGAGAUUGCUAUCAGCUGUAUUUAGAUGAAAAAACUAAGUUGAAACAACUCUUGAAGAAUAACAGUGGCAGAAUUUGUCUAACCACAGAUUCUUGGACAUCCAUUCAAAGGAUAAACUAUAUGUGCCUCACUGCCCAUUUCAUAGAUAAUGAUUGGAAACUGAACAAAAAGAUCCUAAAUUUCUGUCCUAUUGCUAGUCACAAGGGAACUGAAGUUGGUAAGGUCAUAGAAAAGUGUCUACUAGAAUGGGGAGUUGAUGAUAUCCUAACUGUCACAGUUGACAAUGCAAGUUCCAAUGAUGUAGCUGUCCAGUAUUUACGAGGAAAGCUUCAAAAUUGGGGAAAAGCUGUGUUAGGGGGGAAAUGGACUCAUGUGAGGUGUGUAGCUCACAUAGUGAAUCUAAUUGUUAAUGAUGGCAUCAAAAAACUUGGGGAUUCAGUUGAUUGUAUCAGGGCAGCAGUUAGAUAUGUUAGACAGUCACCUUCUAGAUUGAAAAAAUUCAAGGAGUGUGUUGAAAUUGAAAAAAUUGAAUGCAAAAGAUUGCUCUGUUUAGAUGUAUCUACUAGGUGGAAUUCUACAUAUCUAAUGCUAGACACAGCUCAAAGGUUUGAGCGAGCUUUUUGA